CGCGUCUGUUGCUGGCUUUGCUGCUGCUGCUACUGCUGCUGUUGUUGUUGUUGGUGUUGCGUUCACAACUUGUAUGUGUUUGUGCAGUGUAUGUUGAAUUUACAGUUAGACUAAAGCAGGCGGCCAACAAAGUUGUCUGUGCGCUUGAAUGCCAAAUAUAAUUGCCAGAGUUUGCAUGUCUAGUUUAAAAUAAAAAAAUAAAAAAGUUGAAAUAAAAAACAAAAACAACAACUUUUGCAGCGUAUUCAAAAACACGACGCGCCGUUGUCAUUUAACGCGACUUUCGUUUUCCCAACUUUCAUUUUUUUGUGAUUUUUCGCUGACUAACAUAAAUAAAUUCAACAUUUUUCCUUUUGACAACUUUUCAUUGAAAAACCUGUCGUGUCAAAGUCAUAAACAAAAUCUGUGUGAAAUUUUAAGAAAAAAGUGCUAAUCGAAAACUAGCUGCCUACACGAAAAUAUCAAAGUCAAGUGAACUUCAAUCUCAACAAACCGAACUUCGUGCACUGUUCAGAAAACAAAACAGCGAAAGCAACAAAAACAACACACAAAUGCCCUUCAUGGACACGGCCUGGCGUUGCCGCCUCAUGAUCUUCGGUGUCGUCUCAUUGCUGCUCAUUGGCGACCUCUUCGGCUAUAGCGCCAGUGUUCGUGGCGUUAAAUCGGAUCAUCAUCCGGACGAUGUGGCCGUUCGUGGCGGUCCACCAACAGCGCCAGCCGCCGGCAAGUUCCAGCAGAAAAAUGCCGAAAUCGAUAUCGGCGAAGAACACGACUUCAACGAUUUCUCCGAAGCAGCCGCUUUAAAAUCAAGCGCCGGAGAUUUAGGCGCGGCCUCAGUCGCUCAACUGAAGACAAAAGCACAGCUGACAGACACCAUCAAGGAAUCUUGUUUGCCCAAAAUGUUGUGCGAAUUGGCCUCAAAGCCGGAGUAUAUGCUUAGCGAAAAGGAGAAGGAGUUGCUGCGCUUAAUCCGAUCCCCCACCAUGCCCUGGAUGAUGAAUAUGCCGCCAAGCAAAUGGUACUUCGCCGCCCAUAUGGGCGAACUAAUGCGCUUCACCGGAGACGGUCUGAGUGGUCCGAUGGGCUGCGCUAAUCUCUGGCCCAAUUGUCCAAUCAGCUCCAAGAAGCUGAUGAAGCUCAGUUACAAGGUGCGCGUCUAGUUUGGGGGGACACUGGCGCAUGUAAAAUUGUGAUUAAAACUCCUUGAAUAUACUAUUCAUACUAUUUAUCCUAAGUAUUAGCCGUAAACAAUCAAAACCACAACUACUUACUAACAAACGAUGCGAAGUAAAGUUCCAGCCGGUUCGCACUCUUUGUCGAAUUGGAAUUACUUUUGUAACAUAUGUUUUCACUACCACAAAAAUCGAUCCUACACAUAUCAUGCUCGAAUAUUUUAUAGCUCCUAAGCUCCAGACACUGCAAAAA